GACCUCAGCCCUUUGUUCCUGGCAGCGGAUUCCAUUGUGUCAGUUCUUCUCUUCCGUGCUCCCAAAGGCUGAGCCAUGGCCCCCAAAAAGCCUGAGGCGAAGAAGGAGGCUCCUGCUCCGGCUCCGGCUGCAGCACCGGCCCCGGCACCGUCACCGGCACCGUCACCAGCACCGCCACAGUCACCAGCACCACCAAAGUCACCGGCACCGCCACAGUCACCAGCACCACCAAAGUCACCGGCACCGGCACCAGGACCGUCACUGGCUCUUGCCCCAGAGGCAGCACCAGCGGCAGAACCAGCACCGGCGGCAGCGGCAGCGCCCGCUGCAGAACCAGCACCAGCACCAGCAACAGCGCCAGCACCAGCACCAGCACCGGCCCCCGAGCCCCCUAAGGAGCCCGUAACCGCAACCAAGAUCAUCUCGAGUGAUUUCAAUGCAGACCAGAUUGAUGAGUUCAAGGAGGCCUUCCAGCUGUUUGACAGGACCCCUAAUGGCGAGAUGAAAAUCAGCUACGCCCAGUGCGGGGACGUCAUGAGGGCCCUCGGACAGAAUCCCACCAACGCAGAGGUCCUGAGUGUGCUGGGGAAACCGAAACCUGAAGACAUGAACAGUAAGCUGAUCGACUUUGAGACCUUCCUCCCCAUGUUUCAACAAAUCACUAAGGCCAAGGACCGGGGAACCUUCGAGGACUUUGUUGAGGGGCUGCGCGUCUUCGACAAGGAGGGCAACGGCACCGUCAUGGGAGCCGAGUUGCGCCACGUUCUUGCCACACUGGGUGAGAAAAUGUCUGAGGGAGAAGUGGAACAGCUUCUCAAUGGACAGGAGGACACCAAUGGCUGCAUCAACUAUGAAGCUUUUGUCAAACACAUUAUGGCUGGUUGAACAGCAAGAUGCAACGGUUCCUAUGACACAAUCUCCUUGGAACAGUGUCUGACAGUCUCAAGACCCAUGACCAUCUGCACUGAAGCCCCAACAAGCACAGCCCUGUGUUCUUCCCCACCUUUGUGCCACAGUAUGGGCUCCUCCACUCUCUCAUCUGCUCUUUUUUAACUGUUGUUUUGUAGUUUCGCUGGCUGAAAUAAAACUUCAAUUUCAGUUUUACAA